AUGGCCUUGAUCACCCUGAUUGAUGACCUUUGCUGGGAGAGUGAUGGCAAAGUGGUUCUCCUGGAUGUCUCAGCAGCUUUUGAUACCAGUGAUCAUAAGAUCUUUGUGAACAAUGGUGGCCCAUGGGGCUACUGGGGAGUUGAGGAACACUGUCCAAAUGGUUAUGCUAUUGGUUUCUCACUGAAGAUAGAGCCAUAUCAGGGAGGCGACGUGGACAACGAUGAUACGUCCCUGAACGGCAUCCGUCUGAUAUGCUCUGAUGGUACAUUUAUUUCAUCCAGUGUUUCAAAGUGGGGUACUUGGUCUGGGCGCUACUAUUGCCCAAGUGGUGGUAAGCUGGUGGCCUUCUCUCUGAGGGUGGAGUUACCCCAAGGGUUUUGGGAUGAUACGGCGGCUAACAACAUCAUGUUUCGCUGUGAAGAUGGAAGCAUACUGGUCGGCAACUCACACGAAUGGGGUUCGUUUGGCCCCUGGAGUGAAAACUGCAAGGAUGGGAUAUGUGGGCUACAGACAAGGGUGGAGGCAGAGCAAGGUCCCAAUGACGACACAGCACUUAACGAUGUGUUAUUCUACUGCUGUUAA